AUGGACUGUCUCAAAAGCCUCCCUUUUCAUCCUGCCGUCGCAACGCGGUUUAUCGACUACUACAACACCACAAUUCAAUUUCAGAGUACCUUAGCGUACCUUCGGGAUCCGCCACAGGGAUACCAGCAACCUCCAGUAGACGUAAUCCAGACGUUGAAUCAGAUACAACGUAACAUUACCACAGGCGUGUAUAGAAACCAAUACGCCUUUGAGGCCGAUUUACAGCUCCUCAUCCACCAGAUCCACGACACGCACGUAAACUUAUACGCUGGCGCUUUGUCGGCCUUUUCGUUCGCUAGUCCGCAAGGCUUGGUGUCGGCAUCGGUAGACGGCAAGCAGUCUCCUAAGAUCUAUCUUGUUGAUGAUGUAAUUAGUUGUCAGAACGAACCCGAUCAUGGGCGAUGUAUACCUGAGCCUGUUGUUCAAAUCAAUGGUGUGGAUGCCAUAGAGUACCUGACGAACUUCGCAGAGCUCAACGCGUUCGGAUACCUAGAGCCGCACGCGGACUUCAACUCGCUUAUGGAUAGCCCAGUGAGGGAUAUACAAGGGGAUCUAAGCGCUUUUCAAAGCCUGACCUUCUAUCCAGGCGAUGCCCUCGAUUUCACAUACGAGGAUAAUUCUACAUAUAGCACGUAUUGGCUCGGUAUCUAUCGUGGAGGAAGUAACACGGGUCCUCUUACAACACCUGGGGAUUUCUAUAACUACUUCGUGCUGGGUUUGCUACCAGCAAGCUACAAACCCGAUGUUGAAUGGUGGCCAACCCUCCCUCCUGAUACCACCGGUGGCGGUACAGAAGACCCAUUAUCAGACUACGGUUGCCGGAACGAUACCCCAAAUUGGUGCAAAACUACUUUCGGUGGCUUCCCUGAUGACCCAGUUACAACGCAGGCUGACCUGUCCGUUACCGGAGCCGGUAUUGUCACUGGAUAUAUUCUCGACGACCUAUCGACCGGAGUUCUCAGUAUCCCUACUUUCUUACAGUUCGACGCAGACGUUGGCACCUUUUCUGAUACAGUAUCGACAUUCUUCGGAGACGCUAUGUUUCACAACGUCACUCGCAUCAUUAUCGAUCUGCAACAGAACUCGGGCGGUAGUGUUCUCCUUGCAUUUGAAAUUUUCAAACAAAUCUUUUCCUCCAUCGAGCCAUACGCCGGAAGUCGUAUGCGUAGUCACGAGCUUGCCGACGUUUUAGGAUCCACGUACACCAAUUGGUGGAACUCUCUUGAACUCCACCCUGAUGGACCAGAUGGCAGUGGAGCUAACGGUGUAAACUAUGAGAUUCAUGCUGCUGAUGAGUGGGUCAUCACGGAUCGCAUCAAUGUUGUUACCGGACAAAAUUUCACAUCGUGGCAAGAACACUACGGGCCGGUCACGGUGCAUGGAGAUACAUUCUCAUUGACUCAACGGUAUAACCUUUCGUCCCAGGUGUUCGAUGAAGCUGCCUUCGACGGAUGGGAUCUUACAGGGGACGAUUCGCAGUUGCAAGCAGGCGCCGGCACCUUACGAUGGAUGCCUGAAGAUAUGGUCAUCGUAGGUCUCCAGAAGUAA